GUUUCAGAAAUGAGCGAUCGGGGGCCCCCCGUGUUUAAACGUAGCGGUCAGGCACCCCAACGUUUCAAAAACGUGCGAUCCAACCCCUUCUGUUAAGCUCCGUUAGUUGACCAAACAGAGGCCCUUUCAUUAAUUGACGUGGAUUUUGUUUUUUAGUUUAACAUUAAAUUUUCCCAAACGCAUUCCCCCCCCCAAAUCAGAAACACGCGAUUUUGACCCCAAUUUUAACCUAAUUAAAGAAAGGAAGAAGAAGAAGAAGAGAAGGGGAGAAGAAGAAGCUCGAAGAAGAAGGAGAAAGGAAGAGAAGGAGAAAGGAAGAAGCUCGAAAAGAAGAGGGGAAGAAGCGCGAAGAGUAAGAAACGAGGAAGAAGCUUGUUCGAUUCAAAUGUCAAGUGCAAGUGGAAGCUCCAAUACCCAUGGCUCUAUUCGAACAAGGUACUGCGAUUGUGGUGUCGAGUCGAAGCUGGUUACAUGUUGGGUGGGUGAUAAUGCUGGGCGUCGAUUCUACGGUUGUGGCAAAUAUCAUGUUUAUGGGAGGAGGAUGUGCGGAUUUUUCCAGUGGUAUGAUGGGGAGGGCAAUGCACGUGAAAGGAAGGUUAUUUCUGGCCUAAUCCGCAAGAUUGAAGUGCAUAAGAAGAAUGAGAUGUAUUUGACUAGGUGUUGUUUAAUUGGGUGGGGACUUUGUGCAGCUUUGUUGCUUGUCAUUGUAAUGUUGUUGGUGAAAAUUUAUAGGACAUAGGCUAGGAAUGAAAGAGAAUGAUGGAAUGUAAGGAGAAUGAGAAAGACUAUGUUAUGUUUUCUGGGUCC